AUGGAGCUGUUGGCCGAGCAUGAUUUACCGAUAACUGGUCUUGACUGGGCUCCGAAAACCAACCGUAUUGUUUCUUGUGCUCAGGAUAAGAAUGCAUUUGUUUGGACAUUCGAUGGGUCUCACUGGAAGCCCGAACUUGUCAUUUUGCGGAUGCAUCGAGCGGCAACAUGCAUAAAAUGGUCUCCAUAUGAGAACAAAUUUGCUGUUGGAAGUGGCUCGAAACUCGUGUCGGUGUGUUUCUAUGAGAAGGAGGAUGACUGGUGGAUCUGUAAACAGAUUAAGAAAUCGAUUCAUUCCACUGUUUUGUGCAUUGAUUGGCAUCCGAACAACGUCUUGCUUGCUGUCGGUGCAUGCGAUUUUAAGGCUCGUGUUUUUUCUGCAUACGUAAAAGAAGUGGACGAGAAGCCGUCGCCAAAUCCGUGGGGUUCAAAGAUGCCAUUUGGUGCUUUGAUGUGUGAGGUGAAAUGUCCGGCUUGGGUUCAUCACGUUGCAUUUUCGCCAUCCGGCUGUCGUAUGGCGUACGUUUCACAUGAUUCAACAAUUGCUGUCAUCGACACAAAUCGAUCACUAAACGAUGCAGUGAUUUUGCAUACAAUAUAUCUUCCGUUCACUUCUGUUCGAUGGUUUGUAACAAAACUUGAUGUUCCAUCCGAGCAUAAAUCAUCGAAUAUUAACUCUGCCAUGCAAAAAUUCCGGAACAUCGAUCGCAAUGCGGCCGGCGAAGCUGUUGAUGUCCGACUGAGGACACUGCAUCAGAAUGCCAUAACGGAAAUCCUGCCACACAGUGGUCGUUAUGAUAAUGUGCAGAAGUUCAGUACUUGUGCAAUCGAUGGAGUGAUCGCUUUAUGGGACCUCAGAAAUGCUGCAACUGCCGUUUGA